AUGACUCCAUUAGGUGCGAUGUGGUUGACGCAUGGUAAUUACUUCAUUAACGGUGGUGCAUCUCAAAGGGAGCGAUUGCUGAACCAAUUCCGAGAUCAUCUCAAAAAUAAUUAUUGGAAAUAUGAUCAUGGAUGGUUGGUUAUGUAUCCUGAAGGUUCACGUUACUACUUAAUCCGCGAAAGUAAUGCACGGUACGCGAAGAAAAAUGGCCUGAAGCAAUUCAGGCAUUGCGCAUUGCCACGUUCGGGUGGUGCUCAUGCUGUUUUUGAUGUUGCUGGUAAAUGUGAUGGUAGGUUUAAUCGAGAAUUGUGUUACUCCAAAAUAUAUAAUUGUUUUAUCGUUGACCAAAAUUUCACUCAUCAGUGA